GCCCCGCCCGCCACUCAAGCGCGUCUCAAGGACGCGUCAAAGCUCCAGCAAUGCAAUUGCCGUCGUCAUAAGCUCUUUUUUUCUCUCAUCCUCACGACACACGACAUCGACAAGUAGAUCUCGUUGAGCAACCCAGCAAUUCGACACGAAAACACAUCCGGAUUGCGAGUAUGUCGAAUUUCUUCGACUUGAAGGCCCGGAAGGCGGCCGCAGCGAACGGGGCGAGCACGAACAAGCCAGAAGAGACGAAACAAAGCACGAGACGACAGCCUUGGGUUGAGAAGUAUCGUCCAAAGACAUUGAGCGAUGUUACAGCCCAGGACCACACUGUAAACGUGCUGCAACGGACACUGCAGGCCUCCAACCUCCCACACAUGCUCUUCUACGGCCCUCCUGGCACGGGCAAAACAUCCACAAUCCUCGCGCUCGCCAAGGAGCUCUACGGGCCCGAGAUGAUGAAGGCCCGGGUGCUCGAGCUCAACGCCUCGGACGAGCGCGGCAUAUCCAUUGUGCGCGAGAAGGUCAAGGACUUUGCGCGGAUGCAGCUCACGAACCCGCCGACGCAUGGCGACUACAAGUCCCGGCACCCGUGCCCGCCCUUCAAGAUCAUCAUCCUCGACGAGGCCGACAGCAUGACGCAGGACGCCCAGAGCGCGCUCCGCCGCACGAUGGAGACGUACAGCAAGAUCACCCGCUUCUGCCUUAUCUGCAACUACGUCACGCGCAUCAUCGACCCUCUCGCCUCGCGCUGCUCCAAGUUCCGCUUCAAGAGCCUCGACCAGGGCAACGCCAAGAAGCGGCUCGAGGAGAUUGCCAGCAAGGAAGGGGUCGCCCUCGAGGAAGGCGUGGUCGAGGUGCUCAUCAAGUGCGCAGAAGGAGACUUGAGAAAGGCCAUCACGUACCUCCAGUCGGCGGCGCGGCUGGUUGGCGCCAUAGAAAACGAUGACAGCGGCGGCGGUGGUGAGAAGGCGGACAAGAUGGACGUGGAUGGCGACGCUCCCACAGCGUCGGCAUCAAGAAAAGUAACGAUAAAGAUCAUCGAGGAUAUCGCAGGCGUGAUCCCCGAGGCAACGAUCGAGAAGCUGCGCAAGGCCAUGCAACCAAGCUCUGGAGCUGCUGCGUACGCAGGCGUCUCAAAGGUGGUGGAAGACAUGGUGGCCGAUGGGUGGAGCGCCGGGCAGGUCACAACUCAGCUAUAUCACGCGGUCCUUCAAGACGAGACGAUCCCUGAUGCGGCGAAAAAUAAGAUCACAUUGGUCUUUUCAGAGGUGGAUAAGCGGCUGGUUGACGGUGCGGACGAGCACUUGUCGAUAUUAGAUCUGACUCUGCGCAUCUCGAAUAUCCUUGCAGGCAAGAGCUGAGGCUACGGCAGCAGAUCUGGACAUACGAGAAGCGGGCAGAAUAUAUGAGGGACCAUCGGAACAAAAGACAUGCGCUGGGGUGCAUCUAGGCUGAUAUCAAUGAGCACAAUGGCAGAGAGCAUGGGAAACCUGACGCCAAGCGCCUUGAGGAUUGACUGAUCCAGAUUUUAGCGACAGACCUUGCUACAUAGCAGAGGAUGAUUUAAAGUUAUGAAGACAAACAUCAACAAUAUCAAUCAUUGAUCAGCCCCAG